CAGCAGCAGCGAGGAGGGAGGCAAGGGAGGAUCUCAGCUGGAGCAGAGAGGGGAGAGGCAUACAGAGAGAGGAGCGUGUGUUGUGUGGAUGUACUCGCCUGCCUCGCUGACUGACUGACUGUGUGUGUGUGUGUGUGUGUGUGUGUUUGUGUGUGUGACAGACAGACAGAGAGAGAGAGACAGGGGAGAACGCGUGGAUACUACUCCACAGGACUGGAUGUGUUUGGCAUCACGGACGACCACACACACAAAAAAACAGAGAGCGAGGCAGACGCACACUGCUGACUGAACUGCAGGCAGACACUGGGGCAGAGUGCGGAGGAGUAAGCAGACAAGGCAGAGGACACGAGACCUGACUGACAGCGCCCAUGGCGAGCAAUAACACGGCCAGCAUCGCACAAGCCAGGAAGCUGGUGGAACAGCUGAAGAUGGAAGCCAACAUCGACAGGAUAAAGGUGUCCAAAGCGGCGGCAGACUUAAUGUCGUACUGCGAAGCUCAUGCCAAAGAGGACCCUCUGUUAUCGCCGGUGCCAGCGUCGGAGAACCCGUUCAGGGAGAAGAAGUUCUUCUGUGCCAUCCUGUAAACUCGGCAUGGCCCUUCAGCAGUCUGCUCAGUGUGGGACUUUGAACGUGGACGUUCAAAAUACGUAGAAAAUCUUCUAGUCGGAGGGCAUGGCGAUUAUUGCCCACCCCCCUUUCUCGAAUGGCACCUAGAGAGUGCGAAAAUUUAAAAACCCACAGAGUUUACAUGUAACUAUUAAAGGGGUUGUGAUUGCUUUUUUUAGAGGGGGUGUUGCAGCAUGUUGAAGGGGGGUCUGUGCUUUUAGAUGACGCAAAAGGGGGAUGAUGAUUAUGAUGAUGAGGAGUACGAUGAUAAACCCAGAGACGUGACGGACAACCAGUCAACCUACCGAGUCUUCAGGUUGUGAUGUGUACAAAACAAAAACAAACAAAAAAAAAUAUAUAGAUAAAAUGAGAAUAUAAAUAUUUUGUGGUUCUUUUUGGGACUUCCAAAUGUUCUGUUAAAUGGUUUUCGUGGUCGGGUCGAGCAUCGUAGGACAGCAAACACACAUACGCCUACCACUAGACGCCACCUGAUUAUUGGAAUGAUUUCUUUUUUUAAGUUGUUGUUUAUGUUUAUUUCAACUAAACCUUUCACCUAGAUAUCUUUCUAUAACUGUACGUGAUUACUGAAACUGCUCAUUUUCUUACAACAGGUUAGUGAAAGCUUUUUUAAUGGGAUGUUUGAAACAUUCGACUCUGUGAUUCUCUUUGCAAAAUACCGGUCUGAAAAAAAAUCAGUCUCUGUGUAUCAACAUCUAUCUGGCAAAUGUGAUGCAGUUUGUCUCCUUCAGAUACAAACCCUCUUUCUACUAUUUGUAUAAAAUGACUAGCAAGUAAACUGUGCUGUGCUGUGAGUUGCUGAAUGUUUGUGUUUGUAUCAUUAACUAUUGCAUGAAGUGGACAGACGGUCUUCUCUAUUUUCCUUUCAUGUCGAGAUUGUAUGAAACGAGGGCGGCCUCCAUCUGGAAGUGCCAAAACAUAUUAAAACAAGAAUGAUUCAA